AUGACAGCAGCGCGCUAGAUGCUGCUCUGAGAGGAACGCAGCGGUCCUCCCAUCAGUUCCAUGGAACAGGAACCGUUUUGUUUUAAAAACCAGUCGAUGAAUGAGACUUCGCCGUGCGCAACCUCUUCACGCAGCGGAGAAGGCAAAGUGUUUGUCCCCCAAAAAGAGAACCGAGGUGGAAACCACGCAGCAGAGACAGAGCAGCGGCGGCGCUCAGCGGGGAAAUAAAUAAACCAACUAUUGUGGGCACAGCAUGGACAUGAUCCGGGGGAGCAGCGACUGAAGAGGCUGAUGUGAUUUCCAGACGGAUGUGUUGUGCUUUAUUUUUUCACCCCACUGCGUCCUGAUUAGUUUCUAGAUCUCAGACUUGGUAUAUUGCAGCAGAUACUGACCAUGUGUCGUUGCGCCACAUAGACGCUCUUUGUGGAGCGCUCUGCACCGGGAGGGACAGGUGGUGCAUGUGUGAAUGCUGAGAUCAGUAAAGCAGGGUAGGGACGCACCAACCCCCUGAGACAGUUGUUUUAUUGAUGUGGGGAACAGUUUUUCCCCCCCUUUUUUUUCCAAAGACAGGUGCGACAGGAAGGGACAGUUUCCAAAAAGCCCAACACGGGAUCUGAUAACGCACUAGAUAGCGCUCGGAUAUUUGGUACCAAGUGGGACACAGGCAAUUGAGUAACACUAUUGUUGCUCCUGCAGCGCUUUUUCUCUCCUGGUGAUCAGAGAAUCAACAGUUGUGUUACGAUGGCAGCAGGGGCCUCUCGCUGCUUGUUCCUGAUGUGUUGGUUCCUCCGAACAGCCAGCCUUGCAUUCCCAGAGGAACCUGGACCUGUGAACUUCAUCCCCGCUGAAGUGGUGAGAAGAUACCCUGUGUUUCUGGGUCGACCACACCGAACAUGGCAGAGGCAGGAGCCACUGCACAUCCAGAGGAUCAUCCAAGUCAACCGGACGCUCUACAUUGGUGCCAGGGAUGACCUUUUCCGAGUGGAGUUGGACAACAGUGCAGGGGAUGAGAUGUUUUACAGCAAAAAAAGAACCUGGGAGUCGAAUAAAAAUGACAUUCGGAUCUGCAGGAUGAAGGGCAAACAUGAGGAUGAAUGCCGCAACUUUAUCAAGGUGCUGCUCAGCAGACAGGGGGGCCUGUUUUUGUGUGGCACCAACGCCUUUAACCCGCUCUGUGCCAACUACACAGGUGAUACUCUGGAGAUGAUAGGAGACCCGGUCAAUGGAAUGGCGAGGUGCCCUUAUGACCCUAAACACGCCAAUGUUGCUCUGUUUGCUGAGGGGAAUCUGUUUACAGCUACGGUGACAGACUUCCUGGCCAUUGAUGCGGUGAUUUAUCGUAGCCUUGGGGACAUCCCCGCUCUACGCACCGUCAAGCACGACUCCAAGUGGUUCAGAGAGCCCUAUUUUGUGAGUGCUGUGGAGUGGGGACCUCACAUCUACUUCUUCUUCAGAGAGAUAGCCAUGGAGUUCAACUACUUGGAAAAGGUGGUUGUGUCGCGCGUUGCCAGAGUGUGCAAACGCGAUCAAGGUGGCUCGCAGCGCGUACUGGAGAAGCAGUGGACGUCUUUCCUUAAAGCCCGGCUCAACUGCUCCAUACCUGGAGAUUCUCACUUCUAUUUUAACCUGCUGCACUCCACCAGCCCGAUCAUCAGGAUGCACGGCAGGGACAUCAUCCUCGGCGUGUUCUCCACACCAGCAAACAGCAUACCAGGUUCGGCUGUGUGCGCCUUUGACAUGGAGCAGCUGGCUGCCGUGUUUGAUGGAAGGUUUAAGGAGCAGAAAUCUCCAGAGUCUAUUUGGACGCCUGUUCCAGAUGAACUCAUCCCAAAGCCAAGACCGGGUGGCUGUGCUGUUCAAGGAUCAAAGUUUAAUUCUUCCAACUCGUUUCCCGAUGAGAUGCUGAACUUUGUCAAGACACAUCCUUUGAUGGAUGAAGCUGUUCCAUCACUCGGACAAAGACCUUGGAUUGUGAGAACCAUGGUCAGGUACCAGUUGAAUAAAAUAGUAGUGGACACAGAGGCUGGUCCAUAUAGAAACCGCACCGUCCUCUUUCUUGGGUCGAGCAGAGGAACCAUUCUCAAGUUUCUCAUUAUGCCAAAUCAAGACAACACAGUGACCAGCAGCAACAUCUUUCUGGAGGAACUGGAAGGAUUUAACCCUGACAAGUGUGCUGAGGACUCUAUGCAUGCCAGACAGCUGUUGUCUCUCACCCUGGACCGGGCGAGCCACACAUUGCUCCUCGCCUUUCCCUCCUGUGUGGUCAGAGUGCCUGUGGCCCGAUGCCAGCUCUACUCCCGAUGCAUGAAGAACUGCAUCGCCUCCAGGGACCCAUAUUGUGGCUGGACCAGAGGAAGCACCUGCUCCUUCCUUAGACCAGGAACAAGACUGCCAUUCGAGCAAGAUGUUGAACACGGAAAUGUGGCCCACUUGGGUGACUGCGACGGCAUGCUGUUUCAGGAGAGUUUCAUCGAGGAGCCAGACGGCCUAGUGUCUGUAAACCUGCUGGUGGUGUCGGCUGUUUCAGCCUUCUCCACAGGAGCCAUUCUCUCUGGUCUUACUGUCUGCUGGAUCAUGAGCCACCGCCAUAGGAACUCCCGUGGUUCUGGUGCCAACGGCGCCCGGCGCAAGAACGACAAAGAGCAGAGCAUGCUGGGACCGGGUCGCAGUGGGUCAGUGAUGAGUGUCACCAGAACAAGUGGAGGCGAGAGACGGCGCUCGCAGCCAGAUAACUUGUUUGUUAUGCCCAAUGGUUGGCCUAAAGGAGAGAUGGACCCAGGUUUACUGCCAACUCCUGAGCAGACGCCGCUGCAGCAAAAAAGAGUCAUGCGUCUCCCAGACACUGACUGGGACCAGAGCCAGACCUUCCUCACCUCUGUUGGAAACCCUUGUCCCAACAAUGCAGUCAUUUACUUGAGUUCCAAGUUUCUGCAUGGAGGAGGAGGAGGAGGAGGUUUGGUACGGAUAGAGGACCCCGGUGAAGUGGUGCUUCCCCCACACUCAGAUCGCCAGCGUUACCUUAUUCUUGCCACUCAAAGAGGAGAGCACGGAGGCAGUCGUCCCACUGGUAGCCUGAGGAACUCAGCGGGGGAAUAUAUCUAUCCUGCCACACCACAGGAUUCACCUGAUCGCCGUAGGGUGGUCUCCGCUCCCACCCCACAUGUGGACUACGGAGAGCCUCGUUGGAGUCAUGAGGCCCUCAACUACAACAGCAACAAUGGCGUUCCCUAUUACGCUCAGCGCCAGGGUCUCAUCAGGCCAGAAGUGCAUGGGCCUCGAGGUCUUGGAGAUCUGGCUGAAUUCAGCCACCUUCUUGGGAAGAACAUCAGUGAGCACACCCCUAGUGGCCAAUGAGUUGAUGCCGGGUGAACAUUGAUACCAAGCUCUCUGAAAAUCCCAUUCCUGCCAACAAAUAACUGGAAAAUUUCAACCCCUUUGACUCACCGUCCUGAUCCUACCUUAUCCUUUCUCUCCUCUCUCACUGUCAUUUAAUGUUCUGACAUCAUUCAGCAAACUAUAGAGAGAGACAGAGAAAAAAAAGGGUAAAGGCUGAGAAAAUUCUCAAAUCAUAGAGAUUUCUCUGUUCAUAAUCUGUGGUAUGCCAACCACAGUUCAUAGCUCUGAUAUGAGUCUAAUAGGAAGGUAGAGAGAGGGGCCAAGCUGAAAGAGGAACCUUCUGUAAAGGAUAAUUGAAAGUUUUAUUCUUAAAAAAAGACAAUGUUCCUCACAGCGGCAAAUGUCAAAGACCCCCCUGGACCAUUUUGUUCAUUGACAAGUCACCAAGGAUGGUCUUGUGGUGACAUGUUUUCGUCUCUUGUUGGUUUUCUUGUGCCAGUGGCAUCCAGCAGACAACAAUGUGCUUUACUUUGGAUAUAAGAUGAGACAACACUGUUGUACUUCUGCCAGAGGGCAAUGACUGAAAAAAGACAGAAAUCUUGCAUCAUAUAUGGGUGUGUUUGGCAACAACCCCAACCAGCGUCCUGUCUUAACUGUGAAGUAUGGCUAUAUAAUGAAAUCGAUGAUAAUAUUGUUUAUAAAGAGAUGGUUUUAUUGUGUGUAAUUUUAAUUGUGUGUACCAAUCAGAAGCCUUACUGGCUGAUCAGUGGCUAGUUAGGGCUGUACAGAGCCAUGAUGGAGGAAGAGAAAGCAAUAAUUAGCUAUAUAAUGACAAUGACAUUAAAAAGAAAAUUUAAGUAUUUUUAUAAAAUCAGUCUUUACAAUGAAGACAAACAGUUUCUGCCUAUCAACAGGCACCAGUCCGCCCAACCCAAAAUAAGGCCCCACUGGGCUCCGUAGUGCAUUUGAAAAAGGGGAAUGUGAGCUGCUGCUGUCUGGUGAUCUGACUGAGGUAGAGAGGCUCGGCCGCUUGGGAGCUCCAUUCACUCUCCUCUGCCCGACACUGAGCCUCUUUGUGCCCCAGGCGCAGGAAGAAACUGUGGCCACAAAUAACAAUUAAGAGUUAGGGAUCUGACUCACCACAGUGUAGCAGAAUAGCAAUGAGGAGAGUUCAGCAUCAUCCAGUCAGGUUCAAGCCUUUCCUGUGGAUCACCAGUUGAGGUGAAUCACUUGUUGGGCAUUGUAGGGAGGGUCUAAGGCCCAGAGCUGCGGUAUGGGUCAGUGUCAGGACACAGCUAAGCAUCACAAUGGUCAGCCCAUGAGGCUUCGUUCCUUUUCUUUCUUCUUGGUGUGUAUCCCAACAAAAGCUGGAUAAGGAAAACAGAUGGCCAUGCAUUCACUUGGGUGUGGAGUUUCUCUUUCACUCUGUUGUCUGGUCUUUUCAUGUUUUAUGUUUUUUGUCCUCUUUCAUCUGUUCUUGAUUCAAAUGUAGAUAUGCUUAGCUUUAAUCCAUCUGGGUCAGUGUUCAGUAAAAGGUGGUAUUUACCUCUGUUUGCAUCUGUCGGUUUGUGUAUGAGGGAGUCUCUGAGGGCUUGUUUACAUCAUUGUGUUGCUCAUAUUAAGUGCAAGAAACAGCUGUGAUCAGUUUCUCUCUCGCCCCACCCUUCCUAUAAUUUCAUCUUGGUCCGCCUUAUUCUUAGAGAUGCUAACUGUGUCAUGGCUUUGUGUGGACACUUGCUAAUGUACACUGCAUUGCAAGAGUAUUCACAUCCCUGGAGUUUUUCACAUUUUGUCACUGAUAAAGGUGAUUGUGCCCUGAUGGAUAUUGUCUGCCUUGUCAUUACAUUUAGUAGAUUAAUGUUCAGACAGUCAGGAGAACUGGAAACACAGGUAAAAGCCAUUAAACUUUUUUCAAACAGCAACCCUCCAAGCAAGAAAUUUGCUCAUUGAAAAUGUCAAAAGGCAAAAUAUUGUGCCACAGUGUAGGCUUGCAGUGAGAGGUUUCAAAAUGUUCAUAGAAAAAAUGUUUGCUGCAAAAGACCAGCAGGAUUGGAGAUUGAAUAGAAAUUGUGCAACUUUUUCUGCAGGAAAAAUACUGCCAAAGCAAAACUUGUGCUAUGAUAUAAUAUGCAAAAUGGAAAGUCCAGCUUCUUUCAGGUUUGAAACCAAAUUUAAAGCUGCUUAUAAAAUAGAAACUGGCAAGACAGUAGAGGUAGAUCUUUGUAAUACAAAUUUGUUGAAAUAUAGGAUUUGAUCUACAAUUUCUCCAAAGGAAAUUAGACAGACUGAACAAGAGUUAAGUGUUUAAUUAAACUCAGUUAAACAUAGCCUCGAUAAAUAUAUAGCAAGCACCAGUGGUCAUAUACAAGGCAAUGCAGUUAAA